AUUUCUGAAGAGAACGUGUAGAAGGGUAGGUUUGGUUUGGUUUGGUUUGGUUUGAGAUAUUCAUGCCGAUGACUCUGUCCCUGUCUUACAAAGUGUUCGAAUAUUUCUCUUCAAAUCCCAACUGUGUCUAAACCAAAACCCGCCAGCAAACCCCCCAAACUCUGCAUGAAGGACACGUGUCCCCCUCAACUCUCUCCCUCUCCUCUUCAUAAACUCCCCCACCACUUCACUGAGAAGCUUCAUACAGUGGAAACUAGCUAGCAAAAACAACUGAUCAGAUCAUCAGAGAGCAAAAGCAAAGAAAAAGAAAAAAUGGGAAACAGAGUUCUGGGCUUUGGGGUUCUUCUGCUUGUGAUGUGGUAUGGAGUUUCAGUGGCUGUGGGGUACACUGGAGACCCAGAUGAAGAUUUGAGGAGAGAGAAGGAAGAGAGAGAAGGGAGGCAAGAGAAGAAAGACUGGAGAGAAGGGCCAGAAAGUGGUGACACGAGGAGGCCAGAGUAUGAGAAACCAGAAUCAGAAAAAGAAGAUUGGUAUUUGCUGCCACACUCAAGGCAAGUGGUGAAAACUGAAGCAGGGGAGAUGAGUGUUGUGAUGAGGGUGGGAGGGAGGGUUGUUGAUAAGCCAAUGCAUAUUGGGUUUAUUACAAUGGAGCCCAAGUCCCUCUUCAUCCCUCAGUAUCUUGACUCAAACCUCUUCCUCUUUGUCCGCAGAGGGGAAGCAAAGGUGGGUUUGAUUUACAGAGAUGAACUGGGGGAGAGGAGAUUGAAGUCUGGGGAUGUUUAUAGAAUUCCAGCUGGUUCUCCAUUUUACUUGGUGAAUACAGGGGAAGGACAGAGGCUUCAUAUCAUCUGCAGCCUUGACACAUCUGAGAGCUUGGGGCUUGGUUCUGUGCAGUCUUUCUUCAUUGGUGGAGGAAUCAACCCACAAUCUGUACUUGCUGGGUUUGACCAUGACAUACUCACAAAUGCCUUCAAUGUCUCAUCAUCAGAACUAAUGGAGGUGUUAACAAGUCAGCAGAAGGGUCCAAUUGUGUAUUUGAGUGAUUCUCAUUCACCAAACCUCUGGUCAAAAUUCCUCCAGCUGAAAGAGCAAGACAGGCUCCAAGAAAUGAAGAAAAUGGUUGACUUCCAACAAGAACCUGAUCAUCAUCAAGAUCAAACACAAACAUGGUCAUGGAGGAAGCUCUUGAACUCGGUGUUUGGAGCCGGUUCAGAUGACAACAAGAAGAGGGCAGAGGACUAUGACAAGGGAAAAGGAAAAGCACCAGACUCUUACAACCUCUACGAUCGAAAACCCGACUUCCGAAACAACUACGGAUGGAGCAUGGAGCUUGACGAAUCGGAUUAUGCGCCAUUGAAAGACUCCGGCGUAGGUGUCUACCUUGUCAACCUCACCGCAGGGGCUAUGAUGGCGCCGCAUGUGAACCCGACAGCAACAGAGUACGGCAUUGUGUUGAGAGGCUCUGGGACAAUACAGAUUGUGUUCCCAAAUGGGACAUCGGCAAUGAACACCAAUGUACAAGACGGUGAUGUGUUUUGGGUGCCGAGGUACUUCCCAUUCUGUCAAAUUGCAUCAAGAACCGGGCCUCUUGAGUUCUUUGGAUUCACAACCUCGGCAAGGAAGAACAGGCCUCAAUUUUUGGCUGGUGCUAGCUCUGUUCUUCAGACAAUAAGAGGACCUGAGCUUGCAGCUGCUUUCGGUGUGAGUGAGGAUCGGUUGAGAAAGUUUAUCAAUGCUCAGCGCGAGGCGGUGAUCUUGCCUUCAGCACAAGCAGCACCUCCAUACAAGGAGGACAGGCAGCAGCCAAGGGAGGGAGAUGAGAGGAAGCAACCAAAGGGGGAUGACAGGGGAACAUUUGAGAGGGUGCCAGAAGUGAUCAAGAGUUUUGGAACUGACAUGGUUAUUUAAGAGUCUUGGUGGAGGUGAACAAGAGUUUGGUGGCGUUGGUUUUUUUAUAUUUUUUAUCAGAGCUAUUUUAGGAGCUUUUGUUUAUGUGUUUAGGGCUUUUUGUUGUUUUUUUGUUGUAGUUGAAUUUCUGGUUCUGUAUCUGUUCCUGGGUUUGUGAAUGAGUUGCUUGUGAGUAAGAAAUCUACGACUUUAUGUUUCCACUUAGUGCUUUGUGAUGAAUCUAUGAAUUUCCAUUUCUAUUGACAUA